GUUUUCUGUUAAAUAAAAAAAUAAAUAAAAAAUGUCAACUGUCAAUUCUCAAUUAAACAAAGGAAGCCUAUAAGGUAAUAAUAAGCUUAUGUGUACUUUGAAUGUUUCUUAAGCUUUGAAAUAAAUAAUAAUGAUGAUGAUGAUAGAGUCUGGGUCGAUGGUUGCUUUGAUAUGAUGCACUAUGGACAUGCAAAUGCACUUCGUCAAGCUAAAUCGAUGGGGGAUAUUCUUGUUGUAGGUGUUCAUUCAGAUCAGUCUAUUGAGAUCAAUAAGGGGCCCACGGUCAUGAACGAAGAGGAACGUUAUGCAGCAGUGGAAGCUUGUAAAUGGGUAGAUGAGGUAGUCAGGGAUGCACCUUAUAACACAACUGUGGAAUGUUUAAAGCAACAUCAUAUUGAUUUUUGUGUACAUGGUGAUGAUGUGACGACGAUGGCAGAUGGUACGGAUUGUUAUCAAGCUGUCAAGGAUGCUGGUUUAUAUAAGGAAUGUAAACGUACUGUGGGUGUUUCGACAACUGAAUUAGUAGGUCGUAUGUUGCUCUUAUCAAAAGAGCAUCAUCAUAAACAACAACGACACGUAGUUGGUAAUCGUGAGGAAGCUGUCAAGUCCUUUAUUAGUCAUUCAUCAUCGACAACAAAUAAUAGUAGAGUAUCUCAUUUUUUACCUACUUCAAAACGUAUUGUUCAAUUCGCGGACGGUCGUGAACCAAAGCCUACAGAUCGUGUAGUCUAUGUAGAUGGUACCUUUGAUCUCUUUCAUGUAGGUCAUAUUGAAUUCUUAAAGAGAGCCAAGACACUAGGGGAUUUUUUGGUAGUGGGUAUACAUGAUGAUCAAACGGUCAAUGCUAUCAAGGGUUCAAAUUACCCUUUGAUGAACUUGCAUGAACGUGCUCUAAGUGUGUUGGCAUGUCGUUAUGUAGAUGAAGUCAUCUUGGGUGCACCUUAUAGUGUGACGGAAGAUGUGCUAAGUAAAGAAUAUCGUGUGAGUCUAGUUGUGCAUGGAAAUACUCCCACUGAUCCAGAUCUAGAUGGCAAAGAUCCUUACCAAUUGCCAAAAGAACGCAAUAUGUAUAUAGAAAUCGAUAAUCCUAAUCAUACCAUUACAACACAAGGCAUCAUUAAUCGAAUUGUUGAAAAUAGAGUCAUCUUUGAAGAGAGACAAAAGAGAAAGAAUCAUAAAGCUAUUCUAGAAAAGGAAAUUCAAGAGAAAACUUUUCAACAUAUUAUAGUUGCCUAAAUCAUAAUAAACUUUACAUUUCAUUCUAUUAUUCUCA